GCCCUGUCCCACCCCGCCUUAAACCAGUUUAUAUUUCACCUUUAAAAGUCACACAGGAUCAGGAUAUUCAAUGGGAAGGAUUUACAGACGGAGAAACUCAAACCAAACAUCACAUCAAGAUCUGACAGAGACACUCAAUUCAUCAGGACCUAAAUAUCAUUGAACUUUGACAGUGGAAGGAUAAAGGUUUCCCUGUGGGAAAAGAUUUCAGGGUACAAGAGAGAGAUGAUUUACAGAUGGGAAACUCAAACCAAACAUCACAUCAAGAUCUGACAGAGUCACUCGAUUCAUCAGGACCCGAAUAUCAUUGAUCUUUGAAUGCGGAAGGAGAAAUAUUUGUCAGUGAGAAAAGAUUUGAAUCAUCAGUGUGACUGGAAAAGCACCAUGACACAAACACACGAGUGAGAGUGCUCCAAUGUACUGACUGUGGAAGGAGCUUUAACCUGUUACACCAUCUGAAUAAAACAUCUCAUUCACUGCGGGGAGAAACUGUGCAAGUGUUCUUUGUGUGGACAAGGAUUCAACUGAUCAUCCAACCUGGAGAGACACAGGGACACCGACACCAUGGAGAAACCAUGGAAAUGUGGGGACUGUGGGAAGGGAUUCAGAUACCCAUCUGAGCUGGAAAGUCAUCGACGCAGUCACACCGGGGAGAGACCUUUCACCUGCUCCGAGUGUGGGAAGGGAUUCACUCUACUAACCCACCUCACUUCACACCAACUUGUUCAUUCAGAUGUGAGACCUUUUAAAUGUUGUGACUGUGAGAGGAGCUUUAAAAGCAAAAGGAAUCUGCUGAUACACCAGCGAGUUCACACCGGGGAGAGGCCGUUCACCUGUUCUGAGUGUGGGAAGGGAUUUACUCAGUUAUCCAAUCUGCUGACCCACCAGCGAGGUCGCUCUGGGGAGAGGCCGUUCACUUGCUCCGAGUGUGGGAAGGGAUUCACUCGGUUAUCCAACCUGCUGACACACAAGCGAGUUCACACUGGGGAGAGGCCAUUCAUCUGUUCUGAGUGUGGGAAGGGAUUCACUCAGUCAUCUAAUCUGCUGACACAUGAGCGAGUUCACACUGGGGAGAGGCCAUUCAUCUGUUCUGAGUGUGGGAAGAGAUUCACUCAGUUAUCCUACCUGCUGACACACCAGCGAGUUCACACUGGUGAGAGGCCAUUCACCUGCUCUGAGUGUGGGAAGGGAUUCACUCAGUUAUCUAACCUGCUGACGCAUGGGCGGGUUCACACUGGGGAGAGGCCAUUCACCUGCUCUGAGUGUGGGAAGUGAUUCACUCAGAUAAGUACCUUCACUUCAUAUCAACUUGUUCACUCCGACAAGAGACUUUUUAAAUGUUUUGACUGUUAA